CACCAUUUAUCGAUAAGCAUUAUCUUAUCGAUAAACACUCGUCUCCCCCCGACAGACCGACGGGCUGGUAAACGCCUAUGGUUAAACUGGGGUAGCUCUAACCUAACCUCCUGGCGCUGGCCCCGUGGUAUCGUAUCGCUGGGUUUCUGUCGAGAACAACCGCCAGCAGCAAUAACGACAUCGGCAGCACCAACUCAUUAAGCAACCAACAACGCGAGCGUUGACCUAAUCCGAAGCAUGUCAACAUCACACGCGACCCUCAGCGCGGCGUCUGACGACCGCAAGGCGCGGCUCGCCAAGCUUAAGACCCUGAAGCGGAAACAACCUGCGGACGAGCUCGCGACCCCGGAACUGGAACGCGAACGAGCAGCGGCAUCGACAACGCCACAACCGCCCCAGCCGGCCUCUGCUGCUGAAGAUGGGCCCGAUGUCUCACGGCUGCACCUGUCGGGCAGGAACUAUGACGCGGCGACGCGGGGGCCGAAACUAGGGUUUGAGGCGCCACCGACCGCGGGUAUGGAGGGGCCCACUCUGGAGGAGCAUGCGGCUGCGGUGGAGGCAGAGGUACGACGACUCGCGGCUAACGACGCGGUCGACGACCGCGGUAUCGACCUGUUCAAGCUGCAGCCGCGUCGCCCCAACUGGGACCUCCGCCGUGACCUCGACGCGAAGCUCGCCGUGCUCAACGUCCGCACCGACAACGCCAUUGCAAGGCUCGUCCGCGAGCGAAUCGGCGGUACCCAGGCCGCCGCCGAGCAGCAACAACGGCAGAACGCCGGGAGGGGAAACGAAGCGGCGCCUAAGGGGCCGACCAGCCGCGGUGGCGACGAAGAGGCGGAGGAGGUUACAGGUAUAGAUGGGGUCGCAUUAGUUGAGGGGUUACGGGUUCGAGAGAGGGAGGACCAGAGAGCAUGGGCCGAAGAUGAGGAUUCUACCAUAUAGAACAAGUUGGGGAGGAGAGCUUCCUAGGGUUCUGCGAUGGAUUUAAUGCUUGCAUGUUACGGCGUUCAGUCACAGAUUUUAGUGGUGAAGGUGAAUAGCAUAGCACUCACUGGAGGUGACGCUGCUAAAACUAUGGU